AUGAGUGUGCUGUGUCCAGGCAAGUGGCAAGGCGCCCCAGUGGCUGUUAAGGUUGUGCGGCUGCCGCUGAAAGUGCGGCAGCAUGCGGAUGGCGUGCAGCCGACACCUGUCUCGCCCAUGUGCCGCCUGGUGGCGCACCCUAACCUGGUGGAGCUGCACACGUACAAGUGGACGGUGGUGAAGCGAGGGCGCGACUACGUGAGCGGCUGCCUGCGCUCGCCCGGCAGUGCCAUCCCCGUUAACCUGCACAAGGCGCUGCAGCUGGUGGGGGCCACCACCGCCGCGGCUGCCCGGGACGAGAAGCACGAGGAGCUGCUGGAGGUGGUGACGGUGGCGGAGCUGUGUCAGGAGGGAACGCUGCGAGACCACAUCGACAUCCUCUACAACGUGGGCAGCUGCCCCAUCAGCGGGGCGCCCUCCUGCGAGGGCCAGGGCCUGCCCUCCCCCGCCCCGUCUGAGUGCGCGUUCCCUGUCAUGGACCAGGCGUCUGUGGAGAAUGAGGGUGGCGAUGCAGACGAUGAGGUGGCGCUGAUGCCUGAAGAGGCGGCCAGCAUGGUGCAUGGCGUACCUCCCACUGCAGCCAGGCUGGCACAGGUGGUUGAUCAGUCUGCAGAGCGGUCCAUAGCCAAGGCGGACUGCAGCAUCCCGGACAACUUCAUACACUUCACAGGCAGCACCAAGCCCUCAGAACAGCAUGACAGCGAUGGGGAGCUCGCUCUCAAACUCACAACUCUGCUGGAGGUGGGCCGUGGGCUUGCCUUUUUGCAUGCGUCAUGCAUUGUGCAUGGCAACCUGAGCUCAUCAACCGUGCUGCUCAGAAAGAGCUCGUUGGACAGGAGGGGGUUCAUUGCAAAGAUAGGGCAUGGAGGCGACGGCAGGGUGCCAGUACAGGCAUCAGCAAGUGGCAAGUCUACAGGGGAGUUCCAUGGCGCCACUUCUGCUGACGACGUGUAUGCAUUUGGAGCACUGAUGGUUGAAAUGGUCACAGGGAAGUGCCCGGACCGCAGCUCUGAUGGGCAGGCCGCAAUCUUGGAGUUUGUGCGCCACAGCCUGCCCACCGCCUACAAGAUGCUUGUGAGACAGUGCCUGGCAACUGAAGCUGUGUACAGGCCGUCGAUGGCAGAGGUGGUGUACAGCCUGGGGGUGCUGGAGGAGCAAAUGCGCGAGACAUGCGCGCUGUCCGAGGUUGACAUCCUGUUCUCGAUGUUCAACGACCACUGCCAGGGCCCUGCCACGCCCCCCGUGCGCAAGGGGACCCCGCGGUCGCCGCGGUGGCAGUCCCCCACCAGUCCCCCCGUCAGUUCCCCCGCUUCCGCUGCCAUGCACGCUGACCUGGCCUCCAUCGACGCCCUCUUCAGCAGGUCCUGGAUCCGACCGGUGCUGGCCGUCAGCGAUGCAGAGCUGAUGCGCACUGCCGGCCUGGACGCUCUCAUCUUCCACCGCGCAUUCACGUUUGGGAUCCUCUUCUUUGGCCCCGUGACAAUCCUCUCCUGCGUGCUGCUCCUUCCGGUGUACGCAUCGGGCCCACGAGUCAAAAGGAACCCGGGCGUGACGUUUGGAAAGUUCACCAUGUCGAAUCUGGAGCUCGGCUCGCCGCUCUACUGGGUAACUCUGGUGUAUGUGGUGAUCGUCAUUGCAUAUGGACAGUGGCUGCUCAUUCGCUUCUACAAGGAGUAUGUGGAGCUGCACCAGCGAUACCUGGUAAGGGGCGAACAGAUGCUGAAUGAGUGGCAGCUGAGGAGGAUCCCCCGCCGCACAGGCUCCAUGAACGGCAAAGUGGUCCGCCCACGGCGUCUGGGGGACAUAAACGAGGACGAGGGGCGCGCGCCGAAAGAGCAGGGGGCAAUGCAGCGCACAGAGGACAGCGGUGCCAGCAGCAAAGCCCCAGCGGAUGGAGCUUCCAAUGGCCACCAUGAUGACGUGCUCGGCGCGCACAACACGCCCCUGAAGAGCAUAGACUGGAGCCCGGACGUCAUUAAAGUGCACCCCAUCAGCCAGUACGAGACCAUGGAGAAGAGUGACGAUGCAGACGGCGCCUCCAGAGAGGGCGCGCGCAUUCUGCGCUGGUGGAAGCCAAGCGCGGUGCUGAUGACGUCAUCGGGCCGGCCGGUGAAGGUGGCGCGGCCGCCGGUGCCCUUCCGCAAGAUCGUGUCAACUCACCUGCCGGACGGUGAGGAGGUGUCUGUCAACGCCCAGCAGUACGUGGUGCUCGUCUGCGAUGUACCUCCGCCGAGUGAUGCGGCAGCGCCUCCGAGCCGCCUGCGCGCGUUCCGGCAGCGGCUGCCGCGGGUGGGGCUGCCGGCAAUGCUCAAGGCGUUUGGGGGCCCCUUUACAGCCAAGCUCAGCGUGGAGGUGGUUUCCACGGAAUUGGUGCCCGCAGACAGCCUCCAGCCCACCCAGAGCACUGGGCAGCUCGGUGUGACUAGCGCUGAUGGCGAUGACAUCAUUGCUCAUGCUGAUGAUGUCAACGCCAACGGCAAGGGCCACGGAGGCGACCGCCCUGACCCUGAGGUGGGCGUGAAGGGCGCGACAGAGCACCGGGGCACGCACACGGGGCACUUUGAGCUGGCGCCCGUGCACAAGAUGUUCAUGCACCGCUUGAGCAGCCCAGGACUGGGCACUCCAGACGCAGGCGGCAGCCCUGCAACCUCCCUCAACCGCCGCAGCUCUGAAAUUUCUUCCGGAGCCCCGGCCGCCGCCGCGGCGAGCCGGCCCGCGCACACUUUCAGCGUGGAGCAGGGUUCGGCGCCCCCUGCGGAGGGUGACGGAGACGCGAAAUCCGGCGGCGGCGCCGCCCUGCGUUGGAAGGGCGUUGCCUCUGCCUUCCAGACUGCCAGCACAGCGAACAAGUUUGGGACGGCCAGGGCGGAGGAUCUGCCGGACAGCAAGACCGGCCCGCAUGGCUCGGCGGCUGCGGCGGCGGCUGCGGCCGAUGCGAAUGUGACCCCAGAGAGCGCGGCACAGGGUGAUGGUGCAGAGGUGGAGCUUGGGGGGAUAGGCCUUGUGGAGGCUGUCUUCAGGGGGAUGUUCCCAGACACCUUCCAGGAAGUGGUGCCUCCCCUGGACAAGCUGAUGUUCCAGUGGGACAACAACUACCGCCAGCUUGAGAUCGCUGAGGCAAAGUACCUUGCGAGCCACCAGACAAAGCGCCCAACACACCGCCUGGGAUGCUGCGGAUGCUCUGGAGAGACAGUGGACUCCAUCAAUCAUUUCUCCGCUCAGAUCCGCGCGCUGGAGAAAAAAAUCAUCGAGGAGAAGGAGCGCAUCCUGAAUGAGCCGCCGGUGACCAAUUCUUACUUUGUGCUGUUCAACUCUCAGACGGCCGCCGCUGCCGCCGCGCAGUGCUGCAUCUUCCCCGAAGGCGCCGCCGAUGCCUUCCGCGUCAUGAGCGCCCCGGGCCCGGAAGAGGUGAAUUGGCAGAUGCUGUGGGUGAGUCGGCGCAAGCGCGCUGGCCUGCGCAUUGCAGGCUGGCUGCUCCUCACCGUCGUUAUCAUAUUCCCCAUCGGUAUUUUCACUGGUGCGGUGACGAACAUCACAAAUGCGCUCUGCCAGCGGGCACAAUUUGCGGAAAACAUUUUCUGCGCCUCCACAUCCAAGUUCAAGUCGCUAAUCACCGGCGUGCUCCCCCCGCUGCUGCUCACCCUGUGGCAGAACCUCUUCAUGCCACAGCUCGUGUACAUCGGCGCCCAGCUGCUGUGCAAGAAACCGUCGCUGUCAGGACUGGACCGUCUCAUCCUGAGCCUGUUCUUCAUCUGGGGCAUCCUCUCGGUGCUCAUCGGCGGCAUCGUGGGUGGCUCCAUCCUGACCUACCUCUCCCCAGACUUCAUCUCACGCCCAGGCGCGCACCUCAGCCGAAAGCUCUAUCGCAUCUAUGAGUUCAUUGGGCCCUCUCUGUCGUCUGCCUCCAACUUCUUCAUCAACUACAUCGUCUUCCAGGGCUUCUUCAUGAUCCCCUACCGCCUCUUCUCGCCCACCUUCUUCCCCCUCUUCACAAUGCUGCGCAAGCUGGGCAUCCUGCCAUGGCCCAAGGGGGAGCGCGCGUACAUGGAGGCCAUGUACCCGCACUUCAACAUCCGCGUCGGCUGCGAGCUGGGCCGCGGAUUCAUGCUCAUCAGCUCAAUCACCCUUGCCAACGCAGCGGUGUCACCCAUCAUCCUCCCCUUUGCGCUGUGGUGGUUUGUGGCCUCCUGGAUCAUGUGGCGAUAUGCGAUCCUCUAUGUCUUCGAGCGAAGCUCCGAGUCCGGCGGCAUGAUGUGGCACCAGAUCUUUGACAAGCUCCUCUGGUGCUUCUUCAUCUUUGGCUUCUUCACAGGCUGUGUGAUGAUCACCAACAAGGCUAUCAUCCAGGGUGGUAUCCUAAUUGUGCUCACACCCAUCUGGAUGCGCAUCUUCUACAACUACGCGUCGGAGCGGUUUGGCAGGGAGCAUGCAGCUGCACCGCUGCUGCUGGCUGCAGGCGCACCAGCCGCCACCAUCGACCCAGCCAUCUACACAGCUCCGUCCCUCAGGCCGGGCUGCGCUGGAUGGUACCCGGAGUAUAACAAGGCAUGGGAGCAUUGGGGCAUGCCUGCCUACGCCUUCUGACCAGCUGCCACAUAGCAGCUGACUUUGUUUAUUGGGUUCUUGGUGCCCUGACACCGAUAAUACAUGGUUCAAACGACUUAUCAAUUUGUGGCGAGUUUAAUAGAGGAGCAGACGCUGCGCAAGCAGCGGUUGCAGGCGAAUUGAUCGGAAUUAUCCCCUUGAUGGUAGAGAAUAGAUGUCCGGCAUUUAAUGAUUUGAGCUGUUACGUUGGAGGAGAUCAGUAGAAAUCAAGCAGAAAUGUCGCAGUGACUGCUUGAAGACUCACAUCCCGUUGUGCAGUUUUCAGUGAUUUGGUGUGACACGUGUUUGAUUGCAGUAUGCCUUUCCAUUUGCAAGGUUUCAUGACAUUGUGGCUACUAAUAUUAGUAGUAC